GUCGGGUCUUUCUCUUCAACCCUAUAUGACAUCGACUCUUAUUCACAGUCGUCUUCUUUGUCUCCAUCUCUGGCGACUCCAUUCUCAGAAACAGCCGCCGCCUCGUUUCUCCAAGUCAGCGCCGCUCCUUUGAUUCACGAGAACCCUAGCUCUGAUUUGGGGUUGUUUUGGGAUCGUCAAAAUUGGGAUUGUAUGGCGUCAUCUUCGGGUACAGAAGCUAAGUAGAGUAGAUUCUGAUUUCUCUGGUUUUCUUCAUCAUGCUGGGAUACCAUCUAUAGACAUAUUAUCCUGUGUACCACACAGCUUUUGACUCCUAUGAGUGAAUGAUCGGCAAUGCAGAUCUGUUGUUUCAUCAUCAUGUUGCCAUGGCUGGAAUUUGGGGACUUUAAGGAAUUAUAUUGGCUGAUGAGCCAGUCAUACCGUUUGAUUACAUCUCUUAUGUUGAACAGUUGCAGGUACAUAGAGAUGCAUUGAGCAAGCGCUUACAAGGGAAAGACUCUGUUGAUCCCUUGAGCAUGGCGACACAAGAGUUCGCUUUUACUGUUAAAGAAGCCACAGAUGAAACAAACAUUUUAAAGGGCUUUUACUGAUUGAUUUAUAUAUUACACAUAUUCACGUCUUGGUGAUUGAUUGGUUCUGUAGAAGUUAAAUGAACAAGCAUACAGCAAAAAUGAUGUUGCAGCAGCUGCCAAAGAGAAGAGAGCUAAAUGAUAGGAUGAUGCUUGUAGAAAGAUGGUUUUUGGCUUCAGAAGGGAUAAAAUGGAAAGAAUGGUUCAAGCAUCUUGUGUAUGGACCUGCAGCUGAACCAGAGAGCAAACUAGGUUUCUUUCCGGGGAUAGCAGAUGCUGUUGCAACACACUCAUCAGAGGGAACGAUCCAGCAUGAGAUAUGGAGAGUUGCAAGAGUGAUUCAGAGAACAAGCAAAGCUCCUUUGGGCUCAAAUGAGAAAACAAAAAUAGUAAACACUUGUGUUUGUAUAUGUCUUGUGUGACUUUAGAUUAUAGAAGCAUAACCAUCUGACCUUAUGAUGUAACCAAACUAGUUGUGUAGUAUUCAACACACAUCAAAGAAUUCUUGACGCUGUGGAUGACAACAGG